ACGGUAGUCGCGUCGGUGAUGAAUUAUACAGUGCCCUCCCCGGUUAUGAGCAGAACAAUGUUGCCUAGGUGAGCUCAAACAAUUUGUGAGGGCUGAUAUUUUGUCUCAAAAUUCUAGCUUUAUAUCUUCAUUUUGGUUUAGCUUAUCUUCUGGAGAAAGGUUCUCCUGAUUUAAUAGUGAACAGGCUAUUUAUGAGUGUGGCUCAGUAACUUUAAAUCCACCGACAAUGCCAGUUUACGUGAGGAAAAACUUGAUGUCCAUUACGCCGGACACGCUGAGCAAUCUGUCCAGCGACGACGAUGACUACGCCACAGAUCCGGACCAAAUGUUCGACAAGUUACCGCAGCCUUUCAGAUUGGUAGACAAGAUUGUAAACCGGAUUUUCGACGUAGCUUGGGAGCAAAUAAGUGCAAGAGAGGCUGUUGCUGAAGAAUUGCGAAAUCGAGAACCUGUCCCUGAAUAUGAACACACUGCAAUUGCUCAGGAGAAUGAGGACAUUUUAUGCAUGGCUGGUAGCCCGGAUGGGAGUGCUGUAUUUUUAGGACUCAACAAGGGCCUUCUCGUACUUCAUGCUACAGUACACAAUCCCAUUGCAUCAUGGGAAGAAGAGGGUGCUGCACUCACUACCAUAGAGAGCACACAGAUUGGGGUUCAGAUGUGCUUGGUUGCUACACUGGACACCAAUGAUGUUUGCCGGUUAUUCUGUUUCAGUGGAUCAGCUCUGCUAUUAUUGAAAACCUUUGAUUCAGAAAUACCUUCCAAUGCCCAUGUCGUUGCCAUGCAUCUUUCCAGGGAUGGUGAUUAUAUUGCUCUUACAUUGGAAAAGGGAGAUAAAGACGAUAACGCAGAAUCCUGGAUAGAUGUCUUUAAGCUUCCUAGAGACAACUGGGUGAGGGAUGUGGAGGCUGCUAUAGCCAAACAGCAGCAACAACAGCCAGGUCACACUAAGAGCACAGAAGAUCUUUCUAAUGCACAGGAGGGUACUGGGGAGGGUUCACAGAGCGAUGCCAUUGAAUACAGCCACCCUAUGGAAGGGCUCUCAAUGCCUUCAAAUAGACCCAAGUCUGUGACCUCACAGGACACACCACGAACCGUGACCCCCACAGCAGCAGUGACGGUGCCCCAAACGGGUGCCUCAACCACAGCGCCAGAAUGGAACCCUGCAUCCCUCUCUAAACCAACCACUGUACUUAGAGUGAAACCACUCCCAGACCAGCUAUCAGCUGCGAGUAGCGUUCCUCACCCAGGUCAACCCACCCCAGCAUCAGAGGAGUGGUGUUCAACCGUUGGCCAGGGUAGCAGACAUCUCAUACAAUCAGAGCAUCUUAACACAAGAAGACUGGCUGCCGAUCAAGUCUUAGGGCCUUACACAGACCCAAAGUACCACAUAUCAGAAAAGAAGCCUUGCAGAGCAAAGUGUCUGUUUGUGAAACCUGGUUUGAUGCUAGCCUCUGCCAAUGCAGCUCCCAUUAACCAGGACCAGGCCCAUAUCUUCAUAGCUAGUUGGUCCAACUCUACAAAUAUCUGUCUGUAUAACCUACUGAAGACUGCCAAAGAUUUAGAGCACAAGCCAGAUCAGGUUUGGCCAAACGCUGGUAAGAUCACAUCAAUGGCUACCACACCAUGUACAUCACUCAUUGCUCUCGGACUGGAAGAUGGAUCCAUUGCUCUUUGGGACAAACAUCUCAGUAUUCCUAUAAUGGCCAGCAAGGUCUUCUCACGCCCCAUCUGCCAUCUGCACAUCCUUCCCCCACCCCCAACCAAAGCCAUCACUUCCCCCAGUGACAGACUGGAUGCCCUCAAAGCCAAGCCUGAGAUUGCUGUCCUGGUCGGCGAUAGCAACGGUGACUUAGCGACAGUAGGUUGUUGCUAUGGUGAUAAGCCGACUGUGAAGCCUGUGUAUCGUGGAACGUGGAGGGACAAAAGAGAUGGGGCUUGCCAUGUGGCACCUGUCGUUACGUUGCAAGACACGACAUUAUUGGUGACCAAGUUUGGUGAUAUAUACCUCUGCAAUGUGUUUACUGGCAAGAAGCUCUGUCUUGUGAAACUCCCAGAAUCAACUAUUCUCAAAUGUGACAAUGAGAAACCAGUCAUUUCCUUGGCUGCUGCGGGCCAAAUGCUCUUUGUGAGAGGAGAGAAAGCAAGGGGAAAGAACAAUGCCCCGGAUGGAGCAGAAGCUGAAAAUGAUGUAACCUUUGACCCCAAGCCCACUGUCUAUGCGUAUGGAAUGCACUCCUUUGCUUGCUUGACAAACCUGUGGAGAACAUUAGAUGAUGUAGACACCAAGGCUCCCACUCUCCUUCACACCACGCAGGCCAAAGGAAGAUUUGACAUUCUCUUCUCAAACAGGCUGAAUGAACAGCAGAGCCGUCAGGUACGGAUGCAGGAUCGUUGGAAUGCCCUCAAGCAGAAAGCAGCGAAUAGGACUAGGUAGAGUCCGCACGAACAAUCAUGGCUGUCGACAGGAGAUGAGCUGUUGCCAACUUGAUGUGCAUCCGUAUGACCAUGUUGGCCACUGAUCAGAAAACAAUGAUGUACAUUCAAGUCAAGCAUGGUACCUCAGGAUUCAAUAUAAUCAUGCUGGACCAGUUUGAGCAGGGCUGAACAAUGAUACAAUUAAUUGGGACCAGAGAUUGGAGUGUUGCCAAUUUAAUGUGAUGCUGAAUAGCCCCGAUAGAUAAAAGAAACUGACAUUACUUUAUUUCAAAUUAGGAGCAUGUGUACUUGAUAGCUUGGCAUUUGAUAACUUGAAGCUCCAUCUUCUCAUCACAAGAGAGAUCUAGAUAUCUGUAUAUCAUUCCAUCGACUUCCAAUUUUUCUCAUUUCCAGAAGUCUAAUACAUGGACCAGUCGGAGGUCUUAGUUGUGUAACACCUAAUUAGUAAAUUCAGACAAACAUAAUGUCACAGAUCUAUAUAAAGUUGUUAUGCCUACCCCCCCCCCUUGAGACUGUCAAACUUAAUAUUUGACGUUAUUCAAUAAAUUGAUUCUAUACCUUAAACUAUGCCUCCUUAUGUUGAUAUUAUUUAUUAGGAGGAAUAGAUGAAUAUUGAUUGUUUCUUCACAAAUCUUUAAAAAAUUUAAGUGAAAUGGCAGGUAUCUCUUACUUUGGAACUUAAAGUCGUUCCCCAGUUAAAGUGAUAUUCAUGCCAAUUUGACCAAACUUUACCAUAUUACUUUGUGAUUGAGAGAUCAAGCCCCCCCCCCCCACACUCACACACACAACUGGUACUAGUAGUUACUGCGCAAACCAUCCGCAGACCCUUCACUCAAGGAAAGUGGUCUGAAUAUACAGCUUAAUGUCCCUGCCAAUGACUUGUGUACAGUAGAUCCCUCCCAUUACUGAAAUAAAUGAAAAGGCAAGUUUUAUUAGUGCUAGUCUUCUGUGAAGACCAACUUAUUGGUCACAUUUUCAAUCAGGGUCUGAGUCUACAGACUAAGAAAUUGAACCAUGGAUGAUAUUUGGGCCUAUAUAUUGGAUAAACUGAAAAAAGUUAAAGGGAGUGGGGAAUAGUCAUAUUAAGAAAUGUACAUCACCCAAAUUGCUUUUGAAAAAAGAUAUCCGAAGUGGAGAUUCAUUUUCCUAUGUAUAUACAUGUAUAUAGUUACAUAUAUUUUAUUAUAAUUUUGAAGAUAUAAAUGUAUCUGUAUAAAAUAUUAUUCUGUAUAAAAAUUUCUACAAAUAAGCUGUGAAUUAUAAUUAAUAUAAUAACAAGGCUAUGUAUAUGUGUACACAAAACGAAUAGAAACUGAUUUUGAUGAAAUGCAUUGAUUUUUUUUUUAAUUUUGUGUAUUGUAGUGUCCAUUGAUGAAGGAGGUACAUUGAAUCAAUUCAGAUAUUGAACUAAAAUUUUCUUUAAAGGACAAGUCCAACCCAACAAAAAGUUGAUUUGAAUAAAAAGAGAAAAAUCCAACAAGCAUAUGACUGAAAAUUUUAUCAAAAUCGGAUGUAAAAUAAGAAAGAUAUGAAAUUUGAUUUCACAAAACAGUUAUAUGUACAUCCUGGUCGGUAUGCAAAUGAGGAGACUGAUGCCCUGAUGAUGUCAUCCACUCACUAUUUCUUUUGUUUUUAUUAUAUGAAAUAUUCUUAUUUUCUCAUUUUCAAGUGAAACAACAAUCAAUUCCUCCCUGAACAUGUGGAUUUAUCAUUAUUUAAUUCUAUAUGGUUUAGUCAAGUUAAUUGGUCCUUAUUUUCAAAUCUGUAAAAAUGAAAUAUUGUAUAAUUCAAACAAUUACAAAAGAAAUAGUGAGUGAGGGACAUCAUUGACUGUCUCAUUUGCAUGUCACUGAGUUGUGCAUAUCACUGGUUUGUGAAAAAUAAGGGAAACUCAGGGACUCAGUUUUAUAAUUAUAUGGGGAGCAAUAAAAAGCUCUCCUAAAACUUUUAAGGGGAGCAUUAGGGGAGCUCUAGAAAAAGCUCUUCUUUGACAUACAAGGGGAGCUCUCUUGUCCGAUUUCAAAAUGGAUGGAAGAAUGUACACUCAGGGUUUUAAAGUAAAGACCAAAACUACUUGCCCGAAUUGGGCAAGCAAAAAUUCUCACAGCAGAUAUAUCGAUCCUAAAUUUGGUCAUGAUGGACAAGAUAAAAUCACUUUGGAAAAAGAAAUGCAAGAACAAGGUACAUCAGUUCAUGUCAAAAGAGGGAAAAAAAGGUCAAUGGUUUAAAACCGCAAUAUUUUCUUUUGAAGAGGUAAAACUUUUUUCAAAGAUUUUCCAGUAUAUUCCAACCAUUUAAAAAUUUACUUGCCCGACAGGGCAAUUGCUUCUAAAAAGUUAUGUAGCACCUUGGUACACUAAAUAAAGUUACAACCCACAACCAAAGGAGACAAGCAAUCAGAUAUAGAUCUGAUCUAUGCAAUAUUUAUCUCAUUGAACUUUAUAAUGUCAUUCGUGCAAGUGUGAUUUUUUUGCUUACAAUAUAAUUGUGUGUUAUUUACAAAAUCUUGACAGCGAAUAAAGUUUUCAAGGAUGA